UAGUCAAAGCCCGAUCGAUAGGCAAACAAACUACCUUCACGAUAAGACUUUUGGGAAACCUCUUGGCCACAUCCUUCACCAAGGGCAACGAAUCAGUUCCCGCUCACGGAUUUAAAGACCCCUCACCCUUAUUCCAUUCUCUCUUCUCCACAUCGUUCCGGCCAUCGCAGAUUUGGAAGAACUAAGCUAAUCGCGUACGACUGAUCAGGUUUUCACAACCAUAAUAUUUACUUGACAUGGCUGCGGUGAUUGAUUUUGUGUCAGAUUCAUCGCGCUUUCACCCUCAUACAAUGAUACCCGGCGCAGGGCAUCAUGGAUCUUCAGAGGAUUCACCAUAUCGACAACCUUCCAGGUCCAGAGUCGAACCUCCACUCAGUUCGAAACCCCACCCCACAUCAGUAAAUGAUGGUACCCCUCCUCCAAGCGCAAACACUCAAGCCAAAUACACCGACUCUCACGAUGUAGACCACCGCACAAGAGUGAAGUCUGAGCCUAUUUCUCCUCCUUCGAGUUCUAGCCCAAAUCCAGGUUCAUUUACAAGUCAACAAAACUUUCCACCAUCUUCAGGUCCUCAUGCACGAACUGAACAUUCGCAUACGAUGAGCACGGAUUCUCUUCUUAAAUCUCGAAAUACUUGUGCGGCUUCUGAACGGACUAUUACAAGAUCAGCAAAGUCUCUUGAUGAUGUACAAAAAUAUGAUGGUAACACGAUCAAAGUUCGAGAUUUGGCACAUAUCGAAAGUUUCGCCAGCGAAGAAUUCCUUUCAUUUAGAGGUCAACCUGGAAGUCAGCGUACAGCAGAUGAUCCUGGAUUGAAAUAUGAGAUUAGUGGCAUGCCCAUUACGGAUAUUAUUGAAAUGGUAGCUGGACUUUUGACCAAAAUCACCACCACAAACGAUCGUCAACAUGAAGCCUUGCAAAGAGGCAUUCCAUCUUCCGAGAACACAACCAAUCUUACUGGACUUUCCUCGAGCGUACUGGCAUUCCAUGGAAAGAAUGUGCCGAGUAUUACGAUUUUGAGUUACUUGACUAGAAUACACAAGUACUGUCCAACAACAUACGAGGUGUUCUUGAGCUUGUUGGUCUAUUUUGAUAGGAUGACGGAAAGAGUUAACGCAGCACCAAUAAAUGCCAUGCGACGAGAAUCAAUGGAUCAGGAUAAUUCUCGACCUUCCUCCACUUACUCUGCCGAAGGUUCCGAUUUGGCGGAUACUCCACCAGGAGCUAGAAGCGUUCCUGAACUCAAAUCAGAGUUCGAAAAUGCUCAAUACACCCAUUCACCUGGACCUGAACCUGGAUUGGCUCAGUUCCCUCUCUCUCACUUCUUUGUAGUUGACAGUUUCAAUAUUCAUCGUUUAGUUAUUGCUGGCGUUACUUGUGCAAGCAAAUUCUUCUCGGAUGUAUUUUAUACGAAUUCUAGAUACGCCAAGGUAAGGUUAUUGAAGAGUUACCUUUUUCUUAACGCUGACGUUUCUUUAGGUUGGUGGGUUGCCAUUGAAUGAAUUAAAUCAUUUGGAGCUUCAGUUCUUACUAUUAAACGACUUCCGAUUAUCCGUCCCAGUAGAAGAACUGGAAGCUUAUGGCACAAUGCUUGUGGAUUUUUAUGCUCGAGAGAUCCUUGAUCAAAAGCAAGGAAGUGGUAUGACGGGAGUUGCAUACAAACAAGAGACAUCAUCUUGAGACUUCAACCAUUCCAAUGUUUCUGAAUGUAAGGAAUCACGAUAUGUUUCCUCCUAUGUUAGUGAUUGUCUGUGGUUAGGACAAAUGUUGGUUAUUAGGUCAACUGGAUGAAAACAGUUCUCGAUGAUAAUGAUGGUGAUGAGCUUUCAGCAAUAUAGAUUUUUCUCGCCGUUUAUAUGCGAGGUCAGCGGCUUCUUCUCCCUUUCUAUUUCUCUUAUUUGAGAUGGACUUGGUUUAGAGCAAUCGAUCAUAAAAGAUACCCUUCUUUUUCUUACACUCUCUUAAUAUCACUUUACGAAGAUUACAGAUCUCGAAUUUGGUUUUAUCACGUAGCAUCGUGUUUCAUUUUGAUAAUCUGGUCUUCUUGCAGGCUUAGUCCCGGGAAUGAAUAAAUUAUGUUAGAUUUUGAUUUCUUUCUUUUUUUUCCCUGGAGAGCUGGAAUGGAAUUCAUAGCGGUUCAGUGGUUGAUAUAAGAAGACAGAGCAGACAGGAAGACGAGCAAACAUUGGUUGAGUAGCAUUAAAUUGAUGCACUUUUUGUGAUGUGGAGGGAAAUAUACACAGAUUAGCAAGUGGCUAAUUUGGAGAUGAAUUAAUUAUCAUUCAUCAAGAAUAGCAUGAUUUUGGUGGAAAAAUUAAGUGGAUGGAUACGAUUGAUGGAUGGAGCUAAAUGCUUGAGCUAAAUGCUUGAGUAGAGCAGAAAAUAGCGAAAUCGAUGAUAUGAGAUAUGAUGACAAUACGCUGGAGAUGAAUGGAUGAAUACUUGCUUGCUUGCUUGUAUGCAUGCAUGGGGAUAUGAAUGGGAGUAAGAAUUUUAGAGGUCCGGAAUGAAUGCUUGCUUGCUUGAUAUGGCGUUGUUGAGGGGAGGAGUAAUUGGAUGGGGUAUGAAUGAGCCUGUUUCCGUGUGCUUUUCUAUACAUUGCUUUUGGUAGCUUUCUUUAGCUCUGCUUUUUUUUUCCUUUUGCGAGGGGAUUUUUGUUUGGUUUUUUGUUAGGGUGGCAGAGGUGUAUGUAGGUAGAUUGGAUGAGAUGUGUGGGAAGGGAAGGGGAGGGGAAAGUGAGGGAGGUGAGGAGAUGAGAUAAGAGGUAAG